UCAUUUUGCAUUUCCGGGAGGACUGUUUUGUUUACUAACAGUCGUCCUCCCUGUCAGCUUGGGCACACUGCACAGCACAGCCAUCCAGAGCAGUGAGAUUACAGUGAAGCACACAGCCCCCGCCCCCUAGUAAAACACUCCCUACACAUAGUUAAUCCCUUGAUCACCCCACAUGAUAACCCCUUCCUGCCCAGUGCCAGUAAUACGGUGUCAGUGCUUUUUAUUAGCACUGAUCACUGUAUUGGUGUCACUGGGGAUGUCAGUGACACCAAGUCAGUUUCCCCCCCAGUGUCAGAAUGCCCGCCGCAGUCCCGCUAUA